UUUUAUUUUAUUUUAUUUUUUUGUCUUAUUUAUUACAAAACAAUGGCUACAUUGGAGGAUAAAUCACUUUGGGAGAACCAACAGGAUGAUGAUGUUGGAAAAGAUAUUCUUCGCUUAUCACCAGAAGAAAUUAAUAAUAGAACACGAUUAUUAGCUACUUGAUGUUGAUCCAGAAGAAGAAGAAGAA